AUGAGCGGAAUAUCAUCAUCUCUGCUUCAGCUUCCACCAAACAUACGUGAUAGGAUCUGGACCUACGCAUACGGGAACCUGAUCAUACAUGCUGAGCCAGCAUGCAGUGAUCAGAAGAUGACGACAUCAGGGCACUAUGCCUUCAGAUACGAACUCUGUCAGCAGCCAAGCUUAUCCUCGGGGUCGUCGAGGAUGCCCGACUGCUGCCCUGGCUGUCAACGCACGCCUUUCUUCUGGCCGAUUGUCAGCAAGCAGUUUUGGUCCGAGACUACUGAAACCUUCUACAAGUCAGCAGCGUUCAAGGUUCGCAGUAGCAUCGAUCUCUACAUACUUGCCUCUUCACAGCAGCAGAGCGUACGACGGGUGCGCAACCUUGAGGUUCAACUCGGCUUUGGUAUUAGACAUCACAACCGGAUCUGGAGCCCAGCAAGGUGUCAUAGUGUAAUUAUUAACUUCGCAAAUCUACAAGGUCUCACGCUGUUGAUAGGUCUUGUGGUCGAGGACGACAGCAACUAUACUGGCACUUGCAUCAGCUAUGACAGCAAUGGAGGAGUUGUUACCCGUGGGAGCAGGUUGGAAGGCUACGAAUGGCAGCUCCAAAGGAAUUGGUUUCCCCUGUUCCUGCGCGCGUUUCAGCAACACCAACUACAGCCGGCUCUCACCAGAGUCGCCCUCAUCGACCGCAAGAAACAGAGACAGAGUCCGGUUUACCACGAGAAAGACCGCAGGUGGCAGCAGGAUCCGUAUAGUGGACAGCGCAAAGACGAAGCCAUACAAGCUGCUCGGAAAAAAGAACUCGAAGCGAGGAUGAAAGCUGUGUUACUUGCUCAAAAUAUUCGUCUCUUGUUCCCGGACUGGGAAGCUGAAAACAAACGGAUCUUAGAGGAGGAAUCACGCGAACAUAGCAGUUCAUCGUGA